CCUCUUAGUACAGCAGUAACAAAUCAUGGCCAUGUACGCCCGUAGCCCAGGCGACCUCUAACCGACCUCCGAUCGUGCCGAACCCGUGCUUCGCCAUGUCGAGCGAUGAACACCUGCAGACGGUGAACGCCGUCGCGCACUUCGAGACGUACGAGGCGUACCUCGAUUCGAUCGCCUCCUGGCAGGACAUGUUCUACCUGGAGGACCAGACGCUGGCGCGUGCCAUCGUUGAGCUCGGCUAUCGCGGCACGGCUGAGUUCAUGAAGCGGCACGAGUUCGCCGAGCGGCGGCGCGAGUUUGAGGCGUCCAAGGUGUCUCGGGACUCGCGUGAGGACCGCCUCGCUUCGGAUGGGCUCGAGCUCGAAGACCCGCUGCUGCUCGCGCUGGCCGAGCGCGAAGCCGUCAACCGCGACGGCCGCGUCGCCACCAUCAUCUUCCUGCGCAGCCUCAACGAGCGCAACCAAGAGAUCUCGGGCUACGUGGACUACGCACAGCGACUCAGGAGCGACGCGUUCCGCGAGUACUUUAGCGGCGAGGCGCGCCUCAUGCCGCGCGUCAACGACUUGGCUUACUUCAACUGGAAGACGCAGAGCUCGCGCUGCAACAACACGGUCAACUGGACCGUGCUCUCCGAGAGCGUGCACGGGAUGGUGUUCAAGUCGAGGCGCGACCGCAAGGUGGUCAGCGUGGAUCCGCGCACCGAGACGCCCGGCGACAGCUCCACGCGCACGCUCGUGCAAUCGCCCAACUACACGCAGGUGGUGCUGUACGACCACAUCAUCAGGCAAAAGAUAUGAUGACCGCGACUUCGGCGGUCCGCACCGAUGUGCCGCGGGUGUGGCG